AUGUGUCUGGUAUUUCAAUCCAUGCAAAUAGCGCAUUUACACCUCUGCUGGCUGCGAUUGCCGCUGGUGAGUGUCGUUUUCCUCGAUUUAGUCUCCGCCGAUCCUCGCAUCCCCUCCUCCGGGAAUCGAGCCACGAAAAAAGUCGGUUACAUAGAGGGAAUGGAAGAACCUGUUCCGACCGAGUCGAAAGAGCGUCCUAUCCACCAGGGACCUAUUUUAUCAGAAGAGACUCCAGGUGUCACCCCGCUCGCCAGAGAAUUCACACCCAGCACAGCAGCGUCUCCUAACAUUGAUGAAAGAAUGAAAACCUCAGACGGCUGA